UCUCAGCUGGCUCCUGGAUGUCUCGAUAGCAUUUAAGUCCCAUUAAAUCUGUAUUGGCGCUGUGCUGACUGCCCAUGAGCAGAUCACGAAGAUUUAUUUAGUCUGCAACAGCGCUGUGUUUCGACCGCAGUUGUUUUACAGCUCCCCGGCACAUCCCUAAGAGACGGAGAGAGAAACAACGACACACACAGACCAAGAGAUGGAGAGACAGGGACAGAGGGACCGGGAGACACAGGAACGCCAGGCGGGCAGUCAGACAGAUGCGCAGGCGAGAGGGUCAGCGAUCAGGGAGAGCUAUCAGAAGUUCGACCCGCGAGCCUACCUGGAGAAUAACUACACCCCUCCCCGGGCUGACUUCUCCCGACCAGACAGCAUCGUGCCCUGGAAACUGAAAUGCCUGCGAGAAGCCUUCAGCCAGGGUGAUAUCUCGGGCCGCACUCUCAUUGAUAUCGGCUCAGGCCCCACAGUGUAUCAGCUGCUCAGCGCCUGCGAGUUCUUCCCGGAGAUCAUCCUGACAGAUUACCUGGAGGUGAACCGGCAGGAGCUCCAGCGCUGGCUCCGCAAUGAGGCAGAUGCCUUCGACUGGACCCCCUACAUCCAACAUGCGUGUGAGCUGGAGGGCAAGGGCAGCUCUGCCUGGCCUGCCAAGGCGGCUCGACUGCGCUCGGUGGCGAGUCAGGUGAUCCCGGUGGACGUGCAUUGCUCAAACCCACUGCACCCCCGAGUCCUGGCCGAACCGGCAGACUGCCUGCUGUCCUGCUUCUGCCUGGAGGCUGUGAGCCCAGACAGGGAGAGUUUCCAGCAGGCGCUGAGGAACGUGAGCUCCCUUCUGCGGCCUGGAGGGCACUGCCUGCUGAUUGGGGCUCUAGAUGAGUCCUUCUACCUGGCCGGGGAGGGAGUGCGCAUCCCCGUGGUGCCUGUGGACCAGCCCUUCGUGAGCAGCAGCCUGCAGCACUGCGGCUUCCAGAUCCUCACCUUCCACACGUACACACUGCCGCCCAGCAUGAAGGUGGGGGUCGAUGACGUGGCAGGCAUAUUCUUCGUCAAGGCCAAGAAAAUGUAGAGAGGGA